UGUAAGCUCUACUAAAGAACGCGUUUUUCAUGUAAAUACGUCCGUUAAUUCCGUGAAAUGUUGUAUAAUGUGUAAUGAGAAUCAUAAUCUGUGUAAAUGUAAAUCGUUUGCAAAAAUGAAUUGUAAUGGACGUGUUGAAUAUGUAAAAAAUAAGAAAUUGUGUUUUAACUGUUUGGCCCCAGGUCAUUCGGCAUUUAAAUGUCGUAUACCUUUGUCGUGUCACAUAUGUAAAAAACGUCAUCAUUCUCUUCUACACCGAUCAAAUAUAGGUAUAGGUACAGAUUCGUCGGUAUCCGAGGUAACUACACAACCGUCGACAUCAAUGCGGACCGAUGUAGAUGAGAAGAAGGUGCAUACUACAAUGACGUCUUUACAUAGUCUAGGAGAUGGUGAACAUAAGGUAAGUCUCUUGGCAACUGCGGUAGUAGUGACUAAAGGUGAAAAUGGACACACUACUACUCUUAAGGCAUUAAUAGAUUCAGGGUCACAGGCAUGUUUUAUUACCAAACGAGCUGCACAAGUCUUAAAGUUACAGCUCAAGCCGGUUAAUAUGAUAGUAACUGGCAUGGAGUCUUUGAAGGUACAUGUAAGGAAUGAGGUCAAAGUAAAUAUUUUGUCUCGGUGGGAACCUAAGUUUGAAUUACCAGUACACGCCUACGUGAUGUCAAAGUAUUUAAAAAUAAACUUACCUUCGAGAAAUAGUAUUAAACAUGAGCUUGUACACUUUAACAAUUUAAAUUUAGCAGAUCCAAACUUUUAUGAGUCGGGUUCUAUGGAUCUAUUAUUGGGUGUAAAUGAAUACACAAAAAUUCUACAAGAAGGUUUAAUCAAGGGUCCCUCAGGUACUAUAUGUGCUCAAAAUACCAACCUGGGAUGGAUCAUUAUGGGUGGAAUUAAUAUGAAGGUUAACACUAUACAUAAGUCUUUAAUGGUAACAAAUUUAACAAGUGAUUCAAAUAUUAAUGACUUACUUAAAACUAUAUGGGAGAUAGAUAUUGAUACAAAUAGAAAGUUAACUAAAGAGGAACAACUAUGUGAAGAUAUAUAUGAAAGGACACAUGAGAGAGAUACUAAUGGAAAAUAUAUAGUUAGAUUACCUUUUAAAACUGAAAAGCUGCUUUCACCUGAAGGCAACACGAGAGAAGUAGCUGUAAGAAGAUUGUUGCAAUUAGAGAGAAGAUUUAAAAGAGAUCCAGAUCUGAAAAAGGAAUACCUGAAAGUUAUAGAAGAAUACAAAGAAUUAAAACACAUUGAAGAAGUACCUGAAAAAGAAAUAAAUAAAAAAGCUGUUUACUUACCCCACCACGCCGUUGUACGUCAAGAUAAGGAGACCACGAAGACUCGAGUUGUGUUCGACGCUUCCUGUAAAGGUUCUAACAACAUAUCAUUAAAUGAUGAACUCUUACCUGGUCCAGUAUUGCAAGAAGAUCUCAGAAACAUUAUUAUGAGGUGGAGAACUCAUAAAAUCUGUUUCGUAUCAGACAUUCAGAAAAUGUACAGAAUGAUAUGGAUGAAUAGGAAUGAUGUCGACUACCAAAGAAUAGUCUGGCGAAAUGAUCCAACUGAAAAUAUACAAGAUAUGAGAUUACUUACCGUCACUUUUGGCACAGCAUCCGCUCCAUACCUAGCUGUAAGAACACUUAAACAACUUGCUGCUGAUGAAGGUCAUCAUUUUCCUGAAGCUGCUAGAAUAUUAAACGAAGAUUUUUACGUAGACGAUUGCAUGUCUGGUGGUGAUGAUUUAGAACAAUGUAUUCAGCUAAGAAAAGAUUUGACGGAACUAUUGCGAAGAGGAGGUUUUGAUCUUAAAAAGUGGUCGUCUAAUAGUGCAGAAUUUUUACAAUCUUUAGAACCAAAUGAUAGAUCUACAAAGGCGCAUAUAGAUAUUAAAUUAGAUGGUAUUGUCAAGGCAUUGGGUGUUCAAUGGAAUUUGGGAACGGAUCGAUUCGAAUAUAAUUUUAGUUUAGAAUCAAUAGAUGAUGAUAAUGUUAUAAUAACUAAACGCAAUAUUCUUUCUGAUAUACAAAAAUUAUUUGAUCCAUUAGGAUGGAUUGCACCUUGCAUUGUUUUAGCAAAAAUUUUAAUGCAGAAGUUAUGGCUUGAAAAAGCAAACUGGGAUGAGGAUCUUAAUAUUUUCAUAAAAGAAGAGUGGAAGAAUAUUCGCAAUGAUCUCCAAAAUAUAAAGGAUAUUACUAUAGAUAGAUGGCUGGGAACAGUAAAUACAAAUUUUGAUACAAUUGAAAUUCAUGGGUUUUCAGACGCUUCGACAUUAGCUUAUGCUGCAGUUGUUUAUUGUCGUGUUAGAAAUGAUGAUGGAACUUAUAGUACAAGUCUAAUUGCUGCAAGAACAAGGGUUGCACCACUUAAGACGAUAUCGUGGUUAAGAAACGAUGAACUACAAUUAGAAAGAUCAGAAUAUAUACAAACUGAUUUAGAAGAAAAGAAGAUACCUAUUAAUACAGUCCCACUAACAAACACUAAACAAUCAUUGAAAUUUGAAGAAUUUGAUACAUUAAAAGAAUUAUUGAAAACAAUAGCUUAUUGUAAGAAAUUUUUGAGAUUUAAAAAGAAUAAAGAAGACAUGAAAAUAACAAUUGAAUAUUUGACUAGUUUACAACAGCGAACUAGAUGGUUGAAGAAGAAUGAUGAAUUUAAAGUAGGUGAUGUUAUUUUGAUUAAACAACCUAAUUUGCCACCUGGCAAAUGGGCAUUAGGGCGUAUCACUGCCAAACACCCGGGGCCAGACGGUUUCACUAGGGUUUAUAGUGUUAAGAGCGGUGAUAGUGUAAUAAAAAGAAGUGUAUCUAAAUUGCGUUAUCUUCCUAUCAAUACAGAUAUCAUUUAA